AGUAAUUUAGAUAUACUACAAACAGUAUACUGUAGUAUACUACUAAAAUUUAACAAAAAAAUAAAAGAAGAUAAAAAUGAAAAUCAAACAAAAAAAGAAAAUGACAAAAUUUCACCACAUGUUAAACAGAUAUUAUUGGCGUCAGGGCCUUUAUUUUUGACGUUAAGCUUUGGUAUGAUUUUGGGAUAUUCAGCAACAUUAUUGCCACAAUUAGAAAACCAAGAUAAUAAUUUUUUCAGGAUAACCAAGGAACAAGCUUCCUGGAUAGCAUCUCUGGCAGCACUUCCUAUGGCAAUUGGAUGCAUUUUGGGCGGAUUUCUCAUCGAACAUCUCGGAAGAAAAACCACACACGUCAUAACGUGUCCACCGAUCCUAAUAGGUUGGCUUUUGAUAUACUUCGCGAAAGAUGUCGAGCUCAUUUUACUUGGAAGGUUUGUAACAGGUUUCUGUUGCGGCAUUCUUGGUUCCGCCACUGGAGUCUACAUAGCUGAAACCUCCAGCCCGCGACUUAGACCAUUUCUGCUGGGAUCCAUCUCGACCGCGGUUGCAGUUGGACUAUUUUUGGUGCACCUGAUUGGCACAUACACAUCGUGGACCAACACGGCCUUAAUAUGUUGUUUGUUUCCAAUAAUGGGCCUAUUCUCUUUGUUUGGUGUACCGGAGUCUCCGCAAUGGUUGGUGAAAAAAGGGAAGUUGGAGGAGGCGGAGGAGGCUUUCUAUUGGUGCAGAGGGGAGGUGGAGGAGGCCAGAAGGGAGUUCAAGAUAUUGUUGGAGAGGAAGAAAAAUACUUCUGAUAAAGUCACUUUGGGUAUAAUAGAAGGUGUUAAGAAUUCUUUGGUGCCUGAAUUUUUGAAGCCUUUAUUUUUGAUGAUUGUUUUUAUUUGUGCUGUUCAAUGGAGUGGUGUUAAUGCUCUAGCUUUUUACACUGUAUCUAUAUUAAAGGAAACUCUAAACGACAAGUUAAAUGAAUAUCAUGGUAUGUUAAUAGUGGAUACUAUAAGGGUUGUAAUGUCCAUCUUAGCUUGUUAUUUAUUACGGAAUUUUGGUCGCAGACCUCUAGGCAUUAUAAGUGGUAUUGGUACAACCAUAUCGCUACUAGUACUAAGUUCAUAUACAUUUUUGGUAACCAUAUAUCCCAACCUGACAAACCCUUACAUCCCCGUUGCAUCUUUAGUGCUAUACAUAACCUUCCUACAAAUAGGUUUCGUGCCUCUACCAUGGUCUAUAAUCAGCGAAAUUUUUCCGCUUAAACAAAGAAGCCUAGGCAGUGCCAUAUCAUCCUUCGUAGCCUUUAUUUCCACAUUUUCAGUGGUAAAAACAACUCCAACACUAUUCCAUCAUUUGGCCCCAUAUGGGACCUUUUUACUCUAUAGUUCGGUAGCAUCGUUUGGUACCAUAUUUGUAAUACUAUACCUCCCUGAGACUAUGGGCAAAGAGUUACACGAAAUUGAGGAGCAUUUUAAAAGAAAACCUGUGAAAACUGUAAGGACUAAGUAUGAUAACGAUGAGAAUUUUGCUUAAGUUGUUUGUAUUGUAAAUAAAUUAUUUAA